CACCCGCGGAGAUGAAAUGUGAGCCUGGGUGGCCGGGACUCCAGAGCUACGCCUCCUGCACGUUCCUGGAGCCAGAGGGGCGACACAAGAGACCCGGGCCGCUGUCCAGCCGGCCCCGCCACGCGCGCCUAGCUCGGCGGAGCCCCGCACGGCCUCCGCCCAGGCACCCACGGCCAUGGCCAGGUCUGCGCUUCACCCCGCGCUCGGGGGCGCUGCUGUCUCCAUCUGACCGCCCUCCAUCUCCACCACCUCCCUCCUUAGACUCUCGUUCUCCCUUUGCUCCAACCUCGCGCAACCUCUGGCCACCAGCGUGGAUGGACGCCCAGCGGCUGCCCCGGCGUCCUGCGGUCUUGCUUCCCAAAUUGGUCCUGCUCUUUGUCUGCGCAGAAGACUGCCUUGCUCAGUGUGGCAAAGACUGUCGAUCCUACUGCUGUGAUGGAAACACGCCCUACUGCUGCUCCUACUAUGCCUAUAUUGGGAAUAUUCUUUCAGGCACUGCAAUUGCUGGCAUCGUGUUUGGGAUUGUGUUCAUCAUGGGGGUCAUUGCAGGAAUUGCCAUCUGUAUCUGCAUGUGCAUGAAGAACAACCGGGGGACCCGAGUAGGCGUCAUCAGAACCACCCACAUCAACGCCAUCUCUUCCUAUCCUGUGGCACCGCCCCCCUACAGUUAUGACCAUGAGAGGGAAUACCGUGCAGACUUGCCUCCUCCAUACUCCCCGGCCCCACAGGCCUCAGCACAGCGUUCUCCACCCCCUCCUUAUCCUGGAAAUUCAAGGAAGUAAUCCUUCUCCCAGAACAGAGUUAUGUGUCAAUCAGUGAUCUUGCCUGACACAAAACAGCUCACAGACAGGAAAGGAUUGCCCUAAGGAAUACAUGCUGGGAUCAGGUCAUAUUUCAGGUCGAAUGCCCAUAUUAAGAAAAUACAAGGCUCCUAUCUUGCUCAGAGCUGACCCUAUGAGGGGUUUUGUGCCUGGUUGUAUGGAACCACAUUUUAAGAGAUCUGUUGCAGAGAAGAGUGAUGAAAUUGACAGAACAUCUGAUAAUCAUGUUGUUUUAAGGACUAGCUGAAGGAAACUUCAAUAUUGAUCUUGGAAAAGAGAAGAGUAAAGUAGGAUGGGAGAUUAUAUGCAGUUUUUAAAAAGUCAGAACUAUAGGGCUUGGCAUGGCUUAAGUGGUAGAGUGUCUGCCUAGCAAGAGUGAAGCCCUGAGUUCAAAUUCCAGUACCAGAAAAAUGUCAGAACUAGAAUUGAUCAUUAUUUCAUUCAUCGAUAAGUAUAUAUUGAGUGCCUGAGAGCCUACUGUGUUGUGUGCCUGAUACUUUUGAGGCACUGGGUGGAAGUUGCCAGAGGGAAUCAUCUCAUUUUAUUGCACUUUGCUACACUGCACUUUGCAGAUAGUACAUUUUUUUACAAAUUCAAGGUUUGUAGCAACCUGCAUAAAACAAGUCUACUAGUGCCAUUUUUCCAACAGCAUAUGCUUAUUCAUGUAUUUGUGUUAUGCUUGGUAAUUCUCAAAAUAUUUCAUACUUUUUGAUUAUUAUUAUAUCUGUUAUGGUGAUCUUUUAUCAGUAAUUUUUUGAUGUUAUUAUAAUAGCUGUUUUGAGAUUCUAUGAAUCAUGCCCACGUAAGACAAUGAGCUUAAUGGAUUGAUAAACAUUGCAUAUAUUCUGACUGCUUUACUGACUGUAUGCCAUCAUUUCUUAAAAUAAUGAUAUUAAAAUUAGGCCAAUUAACAACUCUACAGUGGCCUCUAAGUAUUCAAAUGAAAGGAGGCUCCUUGUUACCAGACUUCAAAAAGAACUAAACAGAACACAUCUCUCACUUUAAAUCAAAAGCUAGAAAUGAUUCAUCUUAAUGAGGAAGACAUGUCAAAAACUAGAUAGACAGAAAGCUAGUUUCCUUACAUCAAACAGUAAGCCAAGUUGUGAAUGUAAUGGAAAAGAUCUUGAAGGCAAUUGAAAGUGUCUCUCCUGUGAAAACAAGAAUAAGAAAGAGAAACAGCCUCAUUGUUUAUAUGGAGAAAGUUUUAGUGGUCUGGAUGCAAGAUCAAACCAGCCAUAUUCCCUUAAGCCAAAGCCUAAUUCAGAACAUGACUUUUACUUACCCUCUUUAACUCUGUGAAGGCUGAGAGAGGUAAGGACACUGCAGGAGAAAAGUGUGAUGGUAGCAGAGGUUGGUCCAUGAGGUUUAAGGAAAGAAUCCAUCUCCAUCACAUAGAAGUGCAAAGUGAAGCCUCAAGUUCUCUAGAGUAUCUAGUUAAGAUCAUUGAUGAAGGUGGCUAUGCUAAACAACAGAUUGUCAGCAUGGAUAAAAACACCACUACACCAGAAGAUGAUGCCUGUAGGACUUUCACAGCUAGAGAGAAGUCUUCUGGUUUCAAAUCUUCAGAAGAUGGGCUGGCUCUUUUUUUAGGAGCUAAUAAUACAUAUGGUGACUUUAACUUGAAAUCAAUGCUCAAUGCUUAUUUAUCAUUUAAGAUUCCUAAUGCCCCUAAGAAUUACACUAAAUCUACUCUAGCUGUACUCUACAAAUGGAACAACAAAGCCUGUUAGCAAUAUGAUUUAUUUAAUAAUGUAAUACCACUGUUGAGACCUACUGCUCAGGAAACCUCUUCACUCGAGAGCUCUGUUGUUGAUGUACAAUGAAACCAAAGUUUCUUCCAUGCGUGCUAACACAAACUCCCUUUUGCAGCCCAUGGAUCAAGAGUAACUUUGACUUUCAACACUUACUCUUUAAGAAAUACAUUUCAUGAGGCCAUAGCUGUCAUAGAAAUUGAUUCCUCUGAUGGAUCUGGGCAACGUAAACUAAACCCUCUUGGAAAGGACUCACCGUCCUAGAUGGUAUUAGGAUCAUUCAUGAUUCAUGAGAGGAGCUCAAGCUAUCAAAAUAACAUGAGUUUGCAAGAAGAUAAUCCCUACCCUCAUGUAUGGUUUUGAUGGGUUCAAGUCUUCAAUGGAGGAAUUAACUGCAGAUAUGGAAAUGGCAAAAAGAAGUAGAGUUAGAAAUGAUGCUUAAAGAUAUGGCUGACGUUUUGCAAUAUCAUGGUAAAUCAGAGAAUAAGGAGUUGCUUCUUAUGACUGAGCAAAGAAAACAGUUUCUUGGGGUGGAAUCUACUUCUAAUGAAGAUGUAAACAUUGUUCAAAUAACAACAAAGGACUUAGAAUAUUACAUAAACUGAGUUGAUAAAACAGAAGCAGGGUUUUGAAAGGAUCGACUGCAAUUUUUUAAAAAGUUCUGCUGUGGAUAAAAAUCUCUUGAACAGCAUCAUAUGCUACAGAGAAAUCUUUCAUGAAUAACAGAGUCUAUGUGGCAAACUUCAUUGCUUUCUUAUUUUAAGAAAUUGUCAUGGCCUCCCCAACCUUCCACAGUCAGCACCCUUAUCAGCCAGCAGCCAUUAACACCGAGUUAAUACUCUCCACCAGCAAAAUGAUUACAACCUGCUGAAAGCUCAGGUGCCAAUUAGUAUUUUUCACAAAAAAAAAUUUUAAUUAAGCUAUAUACAUGGUUUUAUAGACAUAAUGCUAUUGCAUACCUAACAGACUACAGUAUAAUGAAAACAUAACUUUAAUAUGCACUGGGAAACCAGAAAAAUCAUGUGACUAACUUUAUUGUGGCAUUUGCUUUAUUGUGAUGGUCUAGAAAUGAAUCCAAUAUCUUCAAAGUAUUCCUGUAUAGCAAAAAAAAAAAA